AUGUACGGCUCACACGGGUCGUAUAGCUCCUUGAGCACCAUGUCGGCGCCCCUGGACUUUACCUCGACCAACAUCCGCACCCACGAUGCCAGCUGCGCCUUUCCCUCUUGGCCGCGCCGCUCGUCCCUGUCGGACUCGGAGCACGAGGAGCCCCAUGCCACCUCGUUCCUCUCCGACGACGACCUCUUCCUGUCCGACCCCUUCGAUGACGAUGCCCGAAGCGUCUCCAGCGCAAGCAGCGCCUCGUCGCCCUUUGCCGUCGCCUCGCCGCCUCGCCUCUCCGACGAGGAGGUGAUGAGGAUGGAGCGCGACCGCGCGGCCAUGCAGCGCGAGAUUCUGCGCCAGGUCAAGCAGGACAAGGAGAGACGGCGCCAGACGGUCCUGCGGGCGCGUCGCGGCAGCGCCAAGAAGAGUCCCAAGCCCACCAAGCCCGCCUGCCUGACCACCAUCAAUGAGACCAGCGAGUGA